CGGCGAGCUGUGAGGACAAUGUGAAUUGUGGUAGGCAAUCACCGGCCGGGGGUAGAAUGAAACCCUAGCAUCACUUUUCUUCUGUCCUUGCAAGAAAAUUCAACAUUGUCCGGCACCCGGGCCUCUAUAUAAGCUGGCAGCCUCAGCUGCAAUCCACUCCACGGAACACAACACCUCACAGGCAUCGUUCGUGCCAACCACUGCAUUCUACAUCGACUUGGCAUCUGCCAAAACUAGGAGCUCACAAGGACCCAGCAGCUAUGGCGGCGAUCACGGGUGGACGGGCGCUCGCGGUGGCGGCGCUCCUCUGCGCCAUGGCGGCGAUGGCCGCUGCGCAGUCGGCAUCCAACGUGCGCGCGACGUACCACCUGUACAACCCGGCGCAGAACGGCUGGGACCUGAACCGCGUCAGCGCCUACUGCGCCACGUGGGACGCCAACAAGCCGCUGUCGUGGCGCCAGAAGUACGGCUGGACCGCCUUCUGCGGGCCCUCGGGCCCUAGGGGCCAGGCCUCCUGCGGCAAGUGCAUCAAGGUGACGAACCGUGCUACGGGCGCGUCGACCGUGGCGAGGAUCGUGGACCAGUGCAGCAACGGCGGGCUGGACCUGGACUUCGAGACGGUGUUCAAGAAGAUCGACACCAACGGGCAGGGCUACCAGAUGGGGCACCUCAACGUCGACUACCAGUUCGUCGCCUGCUGAGGAAGCUCCCGCACGUACGGACGGAUGAAAAUAUGAAAUAAGCGUCGCUUAGAUGCGUGGCAUGAUGGAAUAAGAUUAAAUGUAACAAAAAAAAAGACCCGGCCGAUGGUACUAGUACCACUGAAUAAAUGGAAUCGCAUUGGAAUAAAAAGUGCGCUAUUUGGAUGUAC